GCAACAAACACACUCAAACGCUGCGUAUCCUAGGAAGGACUGCACCUGACACCCAAGGGAAUUGGAAGAAACUCCUUGAAACGGGAAGGAUGGUCAAAGACUCGCGAACGUCUCCAAGAAGGAGGGCAAUGUAGUGCGCUCCGGACCGUGGUUGAACGGCGAAGUGGUUCAGCGUAAUAUGUGUGCAUUGUUUACACGAUUCUGGUGAAAUAUAGUGGCGGCCAGUGAGAAAAGUGCCGUGUACUAGCUUUCAGAAGGAUAUCCGAAACGGGUACGGUCACGUUUUUGGGAGCUGUUAAUCGAAGAAGGAAGUUAAUCCAAGUGAGAAGAAACGACGACGGUCUACGGGGGCAGUUCGUUUGAAGAAGAGCAAUCUGCCUACUUCGAUCACAUUUCCUGGAGCUCUAGCUAAAACGUGCCGAGCGUUGGUGGCGUUGGAAUGGCAGGCGACUUUUCGGGCUGCACAGCGCGGAAGAAAAAUCGGGCCCAAUCCAUCGAGUACAAUCCGGUCAAGACGGAUGGCAGUGGUGAAAAUUCGAAACAACCCACGAACCCGCUGACCACCCGGAGCGGACUGCGGGUGUACAAGAUAGUGAUCCUGGGUGACGGAGGCGUCGGGAAAUCGGCCGUUACCCUUCAGUUCGUCAGCCACAGCUUCCUGGACUAUCAUGAUCCGACGAUUGAGGACUCGUACCAGCAGCAGGCCGUUAUCGAUGGAGAAGCCGCCCUGCUGGACAUACUGGAUACGGCCGGACAGGUGGAAUUUACGGCCAUGCGUGAUCAGUAUAUGCGGUGCGGGGAAGGUUUCAUCAUCUGCUACUCGGUUACCGAUCGGCACAGCUUUCAGGAAGCUUCCGAGUACCGGAAGCUGAUUGCCCGUGUACGGCUAACGGAAGACAUUCCGCUGGUGCUGGUGGCUAACAAGCUCGAUUUGCAGUCGCAGCGGAAGGUUACGACGGAGGAGGGCAAAACGCUGGCCAAGCAGUUCGGGUGUCCGUUCUAUGAAACGUCGGCCGCCCUAAGACACUACAUCGAUGAGGCGUUUUUCUCGCUGGUGCGUGAGAUACGGCGAAAGGAGGAACAACGGGCACUGAACGGUGGUUCCAGCUCGGAAAAGAUACACCCAAGGCGGCGCAGUCGCUGGUGGCGGUUACGGUCAAUAUUUGCACUCGUCUUUAGACGCCGCCGAAAUGCUACCGGUAUCAAUCAAUAGGUGGCACAACACGGGCUAACCCCGGGCUUGUGUGCAGUCAGCCAAUGAGUCAUACGUUGCUGUUACUGGCGUUACUGGGUUGAUUGUAAAUCGGCACGUUUUAUGGUGUUCAGUUCGUAUAGGUCUCCCAUCGUCCCAACGAGCUAUGCGUUGUACGUUUCGUUUACUUGCUGCUGGUUGUUGUUGGAUUCCUUUUUCUAAGGUGCUUCUAUUCAACGAUAAAAAAGGAGAAAAAUUCUACUUAUCUCACGUUGUUUCGCUUUCAAAGCAAAUGGAUAGCAGAGAUUGAACCAACAUAAAGAAUCAAAAUCCUUACAGAACUGUAAGAUAAGAUGCGCACAGAGCUCUAGAGAGCUCAAUAGCAAGAUGAGCAGAUGCUAUUGGUCCCGUUUUAAAUGGAUAGUGUAUAAUUGAUUUUAAAUAUCGUUUAACUGGCAUUAGAAGACGCUAAACAAACCAUUGUCUUUUUAGAGCAGUAUUCAUCUGACAGUAGUACAUUAGCGUUAACACAAGUCAACGAAUCUUUAAAAAACGUUCCAACCUGCAAUUAAGUUAGUGGAAUUAGCUUUCCUUCCCCGUAUCGUUUACGAUGCACUACGGCAAGUCUCGAGGGAUGUAGCAGUACCGGAAGUUGGGCAGAAGGAAGGUUAAAGGUCGCACCUAGUGCAGUAGAAGAUCGUGCAUAGAAUGCGUAGCGUGUAUAAUAGGCAUUAGGUCAUCCUUAGGUUAUUGUCUCUCAAAUCAUACCAUCCUAUGGUAGUGUUCUCGUCAUCAACACUUCACUUCGCCACCCCACUAUCGCAUGUACGUUUAAAUCAAACCAAAAACUAAGCUCCAAACAGGUACACGAGUACUACAGCAAAACACUGAAACUAAACCAAAACUUAUCAAACUAAAAUAUCUGUGAUGUAUGCCAAAAAAACCUAAACAAAACGAUGGAACUAUCAAACCUAAUUCCUUUUCUUUGGUACAAAUACUAAUUUUCAUAUUACGUCUAUUUCAUUACUUUAUAUUUCGUAUUUUUUAAAUAUUAAGUAUAAUUUAAAAACUGCACGCAACUCGAUGCAAACCAAAAUUCCCAAAAUUACACCACAAUGUUACAAAAAAAAAAAAACUGCAGAAAACUGUACGCAAAUAGAGCAAAAGUAUUCAAACAGGGUUAAAUAAUAUUAUAUUUGUAUUAGAAAUAUCAUCAUACAGCAGCCUAUACAGGUCCAAGACACAACCUUACUGUAAGAUUUCUAGUCCGCCAUAGCAAAGGGUGAGGUGCGAGAGCGAGAGAGUGUUUUGAGGUUCAAAAACGGGUUCAUUGUUUUAAAAUGUGAAAUAUUAUAUCGUAGACAAGAGUUAAGGACUUGGUCUUGAAAGGGGAAGAUUUAAAUCACUAAGUCCCGUGUUAAAAAAAAUAUUUAUCCAAACAUUUUCGUAAACUCGAGUAAUUUUUAUUUAUCAUGAAGCUUCAAACCGAGUUUCAACUACUUUUAAUUAUUUUAUAACUUUCCUUUCUAUUUGCAACGUUGAAAUGAUGCACAAUGAUACUCACUGGCAACGUUUUUAAAAACCAAAGAUUGAUCCUUCGUGAAAACGACAAACAAACCAGCGAAAAACCCCUCCCCGGGCACAUACCAGAGAUACAAUCGAAAGCAAUAGCAAUGGUAAUCGUACGUAACGCAUAUGUUAUAUCUAUAUACACCCGAAUAUUGUGCUAAAAAAAUCGAAUUGUCAACAUGUAGACUGUAGAAGAAGUUCUUCCUCCCACCACCACCAGCCCCAUCAGACCGACACCCAACCCCCCCCCCCCCCAUCACAGUCUUAGCCACACAGUCGUAUCGUGCAGCUGUUUAGAGCUGUCGCGUUGUACAAACUCCCAACCUUAGGUGUAAUUAAGUGCACCGGAAAGAACCAAUUACCUAGUGUGACACUCGCAAUAGCGAUGCGUAGCGCAUCGUCCCGUAUAAGUAGUUUGGAGGGUAGGCCAACCAACACCAACCCGCUGAAACAAAACAUGCAAGAAGAAGACCAAUGAAGUAUAUCUACCCAGGGUGCGACAGAGGAAUAAAUGGGGCACUGUUAAGGUUAUUCCAUAAAUGAACUACGGAAAAAAGCAAUAUUACCAACGUUUUGCGGAUGCAUUCCAAAGGAUCUUACUUAGUUAUUCAAUUAUCCAGCGCCUUCGUCUGGUAAUCGAUUAUCUUGGUCGUUCUGGCGGACGCAUCAACGCCAUCACUCCAUCUCAGUCUCAGUCAGAUUUCCUAAAAGGACUUCACGGGCUGGGUCGUCCGGUGUCAUUCUCAUGACAUGACCGGGACCCACCGGAGCCUGGCGAGUUUAAUUCGCUGCACGCCUCCAUUGUCUGCCCACACAUACGCGGCUAAAGGGGGUUUCGUCAGUUUUGGACAGAGUCCAAGUCUCAGAGGCGUUGUUUGAGUACUGGGACUUGUUAUGUACAGGGUUCUUUCAGGGGAUCUUUCAAAAUUACACUAUUUGUCUGCCAUGUAUGGCAAUGCAAUUUUCAAGACGACGCGCCGGAUGGUAGAAUACUUCUUUCGAAGUAGCCAGAAGCCUCGUGAAUUUUACCAUAUGUUUGGCUUGAAACUUAAGCUUGAGCUGCCUUUUGAAGGACAUCCUCCAAUUCAUUUAUGUAAAAUCAAAUAAAAUGUUUGGUAACUAGAGAUUAAUAUCCUGAGCAGUGAUUCGUCCAAGAACUGGAAUAUCAAUUUCUGUCCUGAAGUAAUGUUCCACUAUUGCACCUGAAGUUGCCUGAAAGUCUUCCUUGAUAAUUCUUCUUUCGGAUUGUCGCAGUUUUUUGCUGGACAAUAACAUCCUAACUUUUGCUGAUAAGCUCCUUCGGGUCAUUGGGUGUCCCAAUGACAUCCCAAACGUUUGCUCUGAGCGCUAACUCACAGCUUCUAAGGGUAGUCACCUUACACAAGUAGAGAGUGAAUUGUCCCAAUUGUCCUGUCGCACGUUUUGUAGAUUAGAAGAUUGACAACUGAAAGAACCUCAGUCCAUUGGAAUCUAACGGGUUUCUGCAAGUUUCUUGUUUAAGUUAGAGCUUAUCUAGUUCGCCAUAGUCACCGUUUCUUUCCUUCAGGACAAUCGAUUGCGUACCGUUCCCAUCAUCUAUUGUAUACUUUCAUUACCCAAUACAAUAAUUGAUCCCAGCGAGCGACAAUAAUUCAAAAUCCCUAUAUUUGCCACCCACCAACCACUUACAUUUCAGUUAGCUUUUAGCACGCUUUGUCUGAAAUUGAAUUAAGUUUUGUAUAAAAAAAGAACAAAGAAUUGCUAGAACAUGAAACACGCAACAUUGAAAAAACUGGUGAUAAACAAACAUUUGUUAUAAACAGCAGCAAAAUGGCGAUGAAAUCAAGAGUUCUAAACGUACUGUUUUUUGGAAAGCAAAUUGUUAAGCAGAGCAAAGCAAAGAAAGGAGGACGUAGAGGAGCUACAUACAUAUUAGUGAGAACGCAUACACCGAGCAGGAUAGAAAGAUAUCAUCAUCACCAAAAGAUAGAUUGGGAGACUAGUCCCGGAAGGGUAGAAGAGAAAAUGGCUGACUUUGUUAACGAAGGCAAAUGUUAUUGUAUCAACAGCACAAGCGGUAUUGAUAGUAGUCAUGAUUCCAGUUUGAAACCAUCUCAUAUCCACGCUCAUGGACGCACGGAAGGAAUAAGGUAAUAUAUACAGGUCGCCAAUACUGCCAGACCGGGAUUGAUGGUGGAGGAGAUAGGACGCAUCUCGCAACCAGCAACAUUCCCCCAAAGCUCAUGAGCACAUUUGAAACCGAAAACAAUUGUUGGAUGUUGGUGAUUCCAGGCAUUUCCUGCAGAGGAAGUUUCCAGACAAGAGUGUGAAGUAGGCAGGUGAUCCAAAUUUACUUCCGUAGAAGAGAAAAUUGUUCUGGGGGGAAAAACGAGUGUUAAGAAAUUGGACCCAAACAAUAAAUAUUAAGCAGAAGCAUGUGUAAUGUGGA